AUGCCAAUGUUUAAGGUGCCGUGGAAGCCAAGUCCUGUUUCUCCGGACAUUUCGUCAAUUAAAAAGGUUUAACUUAAUUGCUGCUAUUUUGAUUGUCUCAUAGAAAGUCCGUGCCAGAUACGGGGAGCAAAUGCACAUAGACGAACAAUUAUUUACAUCAUUCUUACAGCUGAGAACGGUACUUUUGUCUGUCGUUAAAUAAUUUCCAAAUCCUACGUAGAAUAGCUGCAGGCCGCCCAUCGAUGUGAGCAGUAUAUCGAAAAUCCGACGCUAUUACGCUCAACUCAUGCUUCUGAAAAACCGAAUAAAUCUUUCCGAACCGAAAUUUGUUCAUUGGCCAUGGUAAGUAGCUGGGCUACAGAGUGCUUCAUAAGAGAGUUUCUCACAAACCGACAGAAAUAUUGCGACACCUAACUUUUGUAUAGUUGUGACAACCCCCACUUUUUGGAAUUCACAGCGACAUCUGCCCGAUGUUUUGAUUCUAGAAAUCUCGUCUCCACCGCUGAAAUCGCGUCUGCCUGAAGCCUAUUUUACAUAUGGGAGCAUUCUCAUGUUUACACAAAACGUUCUUAAAAUUUUAGUAGCUAACAGACUUUCCAAUUCGUUUUUGGUACCUUUGCAUUCACCGGUUUUAAUUUAUUCUACAGGCAAGAUGCCCUAGUGGAAUCCAGUUUCGUUCGAGAUGAGGCUGAGUAUGAGGAGGCAGCAACCCUAUACAAUUUAGGUUCUGCUCAUUCAAUUGUUGGCGAACAAGAAAGUCGUGCGGAUGAUGACGUGCGUCUGAAUGUUAUGCUCAUAUCGGUUUCAAACACGUAUGGUUUUUAUAUCGUCAUGACUGUUCCAUGCCGUUGCUUAUUUACUGUAUUGUCCUUCUUUCCGUAGCUCAUCUAUUUUUGCGGUUUUCACCCAACUACAAUCGAUUACAGGCUAUCCAGUUUCUCAAAAUGCAGCUCGUGCCGUAGCAUAUCAUAAUAUACAUUCUGUCACAAUCUACAUCUUUCAUCAAGGUGAAUCUGUAACAGAGGUAUAAUUGAGGUGCGAAGUUGGAGCGAGUUAAUUUCGGAAUGAUUUGCGGCUCGUCAAUUGAUUCAGCAGUCGACGCCCAAACUUUGGCAGUGGCUUAUUUUCUCGAUAACUCGUGCUCUCUACCUCCUUGAGGUUUCAAGAACGUGGGUACGAAUUCUUGACGUGAACAGCCUUCGCCAUUUUUUGCCUGUCAAGUGUGCCUUGGUAGUUUGUAAAAGCUCGGUUAACGCAGACCAAUGUAAAAUCGAAAUAACUGUAGACUGAUAAAUAACUCGCUCUCUUCUACCGAACAUGGCCUUUGUUCAGAGAACAUUUGUCAUUUGCAACCACUGCCGCUUUGCUCCCUCUACUUUUUCUUCCAACUACUCCCACUGAUCCGCGCCGACCUAUGUUUUCUGCCUUCACUAGGUUUUCCUUUCGCUGAUGUUCACUGUACCCAGCCCUUGUUUUGCAAACGACCUUGUGUAAUGGGAAAGGUGACAUCUUAAAAACCGUUCGACAUGCCACUAGUUGCUGGUCACUGACACAUGUGUUGCAUAUUUGGCUAUUAUUUCAUGAGAUUCCCAGGAUGCGGUAGUUUCUUCGGUGAAUUCGCGAUUGCGCCAAAUGCUUCACCGCACGAUUUUGAUAUCUGUUUGUGGCCCAAUCUGUCUUAGUCUUUCACCCGUGAUUUCAUGAAGGUGAAAGCAAGGGCGACCUUCGAAACCGUCUCAGACAGCGGACGAAUCUAAGUGAGGGCACACUGUCUCUCCUACCGUGGCUUAUUUCCGUGCGGCACUCGUUUUUUAUCUGAACGAAAACAGCUGUGUAUCGUACGUGCUGGCGUGGGCCUUGUGCCACCAAAACCAAUUACUAGUCCAGAUGUAGCCUUGCUACACGAACACGAUGUGCGUGAGAAAAUAGAGUGAUAGAGUACGGUUGGCGUCGGUUAAACCUCCCUCACCAUCACUCAAAUCGUGCUCAAACUACCACCGUUUCUUCCAGGUAGUGGGGGUCACGAGCACUUUUGGUCGACAAUUUAUCGUCUUUUCGCUCAUCUUAUGGUUUUAAUGCAAUCCGGACCGUCCAUACCAUCAACAAUGGCACAGUGGGUGUGGCAAUUCAGGUAACUGUGUCUCAAUCCUAGAAAUAAUGUGCUCUUCAUUGCCGUACGUUUCGUCUUUCGCGGGACAAAUUUUAAUGCAACAUUAUCUCGAUUUUUUAAAAGCGCUUUUCUCCAUUUUAGAGCCUUAAACAAGCCUGCACGCAGUUCCAGUGCGCAGCAUGGGUUUUUCAAACGCUACGAGAACGCUAUGCACAGUUCGAAAACGCUAACGACAUGCAUGGUGACCUCUGUCGUUUUUACCACUCACUGAUGCUGGUAAGUGCGUGCCCUAUAGUGAGAUUGUACCCUGUCCCCAACUGUUUCCCUUAAUGGCCUUAUCUGAAAGUCCAUCCUUGCGUUUCCGGCCAUUUCUGUCUGGCCGACAGUGAAUUCAACUGACCUUUAGCAUUCCUAAACAUUUUCGUUACUGCAGUGCGUAUGUUCUUGAUAAAAUUAGGGUCAGGCCCAGGAGUGUGUAACCGAGAAGUCAAUGUUAGACGGUCGACCGCCAAUCGUGACCGCCAAGCUGACGAAAUUCCUGACAGAAUCAUACGACUACUGCUGGAAUCAACUCAAUGCACAGACUCUUGCUUCACUUCUUCCCGAAAAAUUCCUGCGGGUAAGUUACUUCUUAGAGGUUCGGUCGUUUAACCGUGGCCCUUAUGCACUAGGUUUUGGAAAAGAUUUUUUAAAUUCAUCCUGCGUGUUGCUAAAACAGUGAUCGGCAAUACGCUCAUCAGGCUUUUUGACCAGGAUUGAGUGGAAGAAUGUGUAUGGCCUCCAAAACAAGUUAGGCUGUUUUUUGUGCAGAACGCUAGCCUUUAAAUAGCACUGCUAUGAUCAUUGAUGACUUCGCGCAUAGUUUCUCCGGAUGAUAAUUUACGACAGCGAGUCUGAAAAGCUCGAUACGUUGUCCGAUGACGGAGGCCAAAUAUCGGAGAUUCAAGCACUAAACCUAUGGCCUUGCUUUACGCCAAUUACUGUGUUUAACCAGGUUUUACGGCUUUUUAAAAGGUGGAGGCAAGGGAGCAGAGAGUGCAGGUUCAGCACUUAGUUUUUUCACCAUAAUAGAUAAAACUCACAUAAAAACUAUCACCACUCGCAAAAAGCUGUGACUUGGGAGGUUGCCAACUGACUUGAUGGGUAGAUUUCACCCUGAGAUCAUGCUCAAACGGGAAUAGCACAUUCCUGAUGUGCCAUCCGUGGCAGCUCACAGCUAUGUAAGAUCUGACAAGUGCGGUCUAAAGGACCGACGUUCAUGUGGCUCGUGCAGACCUAGUUUCAGCCUCAAAACUCACUGCACCUACGUCCGUCCCCACCCAUCUUGAUUAUGUCGUACUACCAAAGCCUGGCGGGUGUGGAAAGAGGAGGAUGGAAUUGAUCCUACACAAGUCUCCCUCACAAACCAAUUCACUUGUGAUUUACUACUGUUUCCGACCCGCGACAGGGAUGGUCCCUGUCGCCUGUGAUGGACGAACCUGUGAUAGAAGCAAACCAACGUUUGUCAGGGUUAAUUGAGGAAAUCUGUCCACCAGUACUCAUGCUCAUAAACAGUUCAAACCAGCUGAUGACCACAAGGUUAAUGCCAUCAUCCUUUGCUUCACUCAUCGCAUUACUCAUCAGUGAGGGUUACACGAAGAUAUAGUCAAAACUGUCCAGAGGAGUAGCUGAGCAAUGAAAAUUUUCACUUUGUUUGCUUUGAAAGAAGGGUACUCUCGGUUAUUGCCGUCCCAGCUCUGAGCCAGUCUUCUUGCGGCCUGCAAUUUUAGGCAAAACAGCUAUUUUAGACUGUCAUAAUGCUGUUUUCGGAUGGCGUCGCACCUCCAUUACUCUCAGUUGACUUUAACGCGAAGCUCUCAUCAUAGUAGACUUCUCUCAGCCGACACUUGACUCACCCAGCCAUCACGUCGGCGAACGUUAUCAAGGGCAAUUGUUGUGGUCUGGGUCCGUUGCGGACUCAAAUUAUCCCACAAGUUUUCAACCGUGUAGGCUACGCUUUCUAAGGCCGCCUGAUAUUUCAAAAACGCAUUCGAUUUCUUAUGACGAUAAAGAAUCGCCCAGGAUCGACCUCCAUCCUUUCCUACAUAGUUAGCCAGCCUGCGACUGUGAUGAAAUUAAGCAGUGGCCUACGUAUCAGCUGGCUUUCGUAUGCGGCCGUCCACACAUGCGUUUUGUUUCCGCCUAAGUUUGGAACUUCGCUGUCAUUUUUGACCGCCCCCUUGGCUUCAGCCAUCGAAGUCGCGCACGACCUCAGCAGACGAUCUCAAGUAGCUUAUAUUGUUCAGGUCUUUAUGCCUCGUCGUCUCAUCAAUCCAAACUACCCGACGGAGUAGUCAAAUAUAUAUUUUAACUGAGAAGUAUUACUCAUGAAGAUGAAGGACACUGUGAAGACCACGUUGGUCUUCGGCUUUUCCCUUUCUUACCGUCAUAGUAAACCCAGUGACUCUGUUUCAUUUUAAGCUUUUUUAAAUCAUGAAAUUUACUGGACUCCACCUAUCCUAUUUUCUGUCGACUGGUAGGAGUGGAAGCGUCUGGUUCUAGUGAAAAAACUCGCCUUUUCUGCGCUUAGCAACUACUUUCUUGCUAUGGACGCGGCAACGAAAAUGAAGUUUGGUCCAGGUGUAACUUGGCUCAAACAGGCAGACACCGACAUAACACAGGCUGUCAAGGUCGCAAAAGAGGCCUCAAAUGCCUCCAAUUCGCCGCGCUUCGGUGCACCUCUUCUUGCUGUGGUUACUUUCGCCCAAAACGUCAUCUCUGCUAGGCGAGUUUGUCAUGUUGUUUUUUGUAGACCUGGCUCUGCUGUCAGUUAA